AUCUGCAAUAUUAGCAUUAGGCCAUUAGAGCAAAGCAAAACGCAUAACAAAUACAAAGGCAACAUAACUACCGCUGGCCCGAUGAGAAGUACGAAAGAUUAGCAGCAACAACAAACACAACAACAGCAUGCCGUCAAACUAGCCCUUGAAGCCGCAGAUCGCAGAACGUACGAUGAUCGAGGGUUUAAGGUGUCGAUACUUUAAGAAAACCCCAGGUUCCGAGCAUAACGUCGUGCAGUUCGCUGUGAACGUGAUAACCGUCCAACACGUUGCUUCCUCUGGAAACCAAGAGACAAGUCAACGCCAAAUCUGAAAAAGUCCAUAAAACCAUAUCGCACUGCCGCCUGUGUGUUCAACAGCACCAAGAAGAUUUCAAUAGACGCGCUCUCAUAAAUGCUCGCCCAGCCAACGUCCCGAAAUAGAAACCCGCCACCAGCGCACGUAGAGUUCUCACACAUCGAUUGAAAGUCUUUAAAAUUCAGUGUAAUAACGCAGAGUUCAAUUGUUUGCGAGCUGACUUCGGGCAGUGAGCAUUUCAAAAAAACAAAAGUGGGCACAAAAAAAAAUCUCGCCGCGUAACGAACCACAACGAGUCCAACGGAUACGGAAACGGACAUUUCGAUAGCAAACAAUAAAAAUAAAAGCCACCAACCGUAUUAUCCUUGUGACAGAACAGUGUAUCAAAUGAAAAGUUCAAAGUGUGAACAAGUUUGAAAAAAUAAUUACAUAUUAAAAAAAAAAAAACUGCAACACACUUUUUUACAAAUAUCGAAUAAGAGUUUGUGAAAAAGUCCAAAGGAAAUCAAUUUCCCGCUCAACAACCAAAGGAUAAACCCAAAUUUUAAAAGAUGGCACCCAACAUAAUUGGAAGUACCUUUAUCUUGGCCGAGACGGCCAUCAGCAACACAGAUCCAAAUAAUAACAAGGCAACAACUGCAGCGGCGCCAGCAACCGCAGUGGCCGGUGGAGCAGCAACGUCAGUGACCCCAAACACGAACAAAGUUGGAAGCAGCAGCAACAAAAAGGAUGCCGCUCAAAAGAAGCCCUACGAGCUGGAAAUUGUCUGGCACAAUAUCCUUCUGUUUAUCAUAUUGCACAGCUCUGCCUUGUACGGCGUAUAUCUGAUAUUUGCCGAAAAUGCCUAUCUGGAAUUUGCACUUUCAUACAUCUGUUUGUUUUUGGGCGGCAUGGGCAUUACCGCAGGCGUUCAUCGUUUGUGGUCGCAUCGUGCCUACAAAGCCAAGAUGCCGUUGCGUAUUUUCCUUAUGUUGUGCCAGUCGCUCGCCUUCCAAAAUAGCAUUUACGAGUGGACACGUGAUCAUCGCGUCCAUCACAAAUUCACGGACACUGAUGCCGAUCCCCACAACUCCAGACGUGGCUUCUUCUUUGCCCACAUGGGUUGGUUGCUCUGCAGAAAACAUCCCGACGUCAAGGAGAAGGGCAAACAAAUCGAUAUGAGCGAUCUGGAAGCCGAUCCCGUUGUUAUGUUCCAAAAGAAGUACUAUUUCGUUAUCAUGCCGAUUUGCUGUUUUGUAUUGCCCGCCCUCUUCCCCUACUACUACUUGGGUUCGUCUUUGAAGGUAUGCUUCUUCGUUGGAUCCAUGUUGCGCUACUGCAUUUCCUUGCACGGCACCUGGUUGGUCAAUAGUGCUGCUCACUUUUACGGCAUGAAGCCAUACGACAAAUUCAUCAGCUCCGUGAACAACAAAGUUGUGUCGAGCAUCACCUUCGGCGAAGGUUGGCAUAACUAUCACCAUGUCUUCCCCUGGGAUUACAAAGCUGCUGAAUUGGGCAACUACUACAAUUGGACCACCGGCUUCUUGAACUUGAUGGCCAAAAUCGGUCAAGCUUACGACAUGAAGACCGUAUCCGAGGAGAUGCUCCUGAAACGUAUCCAACGCACAGGUGACGGAUCACAUCCCUCAUGCACCGACAUGAACAACAAUGUGUCCACCGGCCAGGGAAUUACACCGGAAAUGUUGGCGAAAUUAGACCACGAAAACGAAGAGACAAUGAUCUGGGGCUGGGAAGACAAGGAUGUCAGCGAGGAGGACCGCAAGUGUGCCAAGAUUAUCGAAAAGAAGGACGAUUAAAUCUCUACCAAGAGAAGAGUGAGAAGAGAGUUAACUGCAGAUAUUUAGCAUUUCUUGUCGGAGGCUUUGCCAUCCUCUUACAUUACCCAUCAGUCAAUAAGGUUAAGGGGGCAGGGGUGCAUCGGGAAUAUCUCGCCCAAUCACCACAUGCCCACGAGUUUAGCGACCACUCUGAUUUGAUCAAAAUUGGUGUUUGUUGCUUCGCACGCUUUCAUACUGUCGCACAAGUUUCCGACACAGAUAUCCAUUUUGUACCUAAUCGCUAAGUCGCUCACCGUGAUACACACACGCUGGCAAACAUUUCGGUUUUUAGUUUAACCUAUAGAAUUAAUCUGCAAUGAGGUCUUUCCUAGUUCUAGACAUCCCUAGCUUUAACUCGUAGUUCCAUAAGAACCAUUGUUAUUCGGUCCACCGAGCGGCAUCCGGCUCCGAUCCCGGUCUGCUGUUCACCCUUGUUUGUAAUUUAAUUGUCGUUAAGUUGUAUAAAGAAACGAGAAGUAAGGUAUAAAGAUUUAUAGACCCUCUGUUUAGAGCGCUAAGUAUGUACGUUUUAGAUGUAAGAUGCAUUAAUGUCAUUUGUACAUUUCGAUUAACAUAAUAACCAAAAAUUUUACUAUACGCAUAACUGUAAAAACGAGUCAAGAAAGAAAACUAUAGAAAAUCAUUAAAAAAAUAUAUAAAA